UCUCAGAGUUCAAGGGCUCGCGACCGUAUGCCUUUCAUCGGCUCGUCAACUUGACUUCACUUUUGCUUCUACUCCCACCAUCGCAUCCACCCUUGGCCACAAAGCUUCUUCUCCUGCGCCAUGUCUGACUCGGAAGACCCAAUUGACCCUCUCGACGAGGGAGGCGAUGACCUCUUCGGCGACGAGGGCGACGACGAGGUUGUGUCCACCAAGGAACGCGUUCUCGAUGACGAUGACCUCGCUUCUGACCCAGAAGGAGACACAUACGCUCGCUAUCGCAACUAUGAAGAUGAACAGCCACAGCAUGAAACUAAGGACAGAGUGGUCAUGGCGGUUCAGACAUACCGACAUCGAAUCCCCAAGCCCAAGGAUGGUGCUCUGCGAGUCCUGCGGGUCCCCAAGUUCAUCAAAAUCCUUCCUGAGGAAUACGACCCCGAGACCUUCCAACCGACCGAUUUCGACGUGGUUAACGCCAAGUCCCAAAACCCCAAACACGUCGCGAGAGUGCGGAGAGAUCACAGCACUGGCGAGCUGAAGAGCAACACCAACAUCUUCCGCUGGAGUGAUGGAUCGGUCACAAUUUCUGUUGGUGGCGAACACUACGAGAUUAACAAGAAGGGACUUGCCCCCGAUGCCGACAAGCCAUACAACGAGCUUCACGACGGACACUACUAUGCUGCCGCUGCCGAAUUGAGCAGCAACCUCCUCAUGACAGUUGGUCACAUCACCGAGCAAUACAACGUGCGCCCGAACAAGGCUGUCGGCGAUGAUGCGCUAUCGGUCCUCGCCGAGAGGAUGGCACUCGCGAGCAAGACUUCCUCCGGAGGCGACAUGUUUAUUCGAACCACUCGAGACCCUGAGCUUCAGAAGAAGCAGGCUGAAAUGGCGGAGAAGGAGAGGAUAAAGGCCCAGCGACGCCGCGACAAUGCCACCGCGAAGAUGGACGGCGGAUAUGGCAGGUCUAGGGGUGGCGGCCUCUCUAUUGGAGACCUCGAAGGUGGCCGACGGGGCAUGGGCUCUUCGCGGAAGCGCGGUGCGCCGGGAUCAGCCAAGCCCAAGCGACGGGGUCCCGAAUACGAUUCCGAUGACGACCUGCCUCAGGGUGUGCGCCGACAGGAUGAGUACGACCUGGAAGAUGACUUCGUUGUCGGUAGCGAUGAAGAUGAGUUGGAGAGUGGUGAUGAGGAAGAGGAAGAACUGUAUGACGAACGCGAAAAGCCGCGUUCAAAGAAGCGACGGACUAGGGACCGCGACGAGGAUGAAGAUGCCGAGGGCUCUGAUGCUGAGCCCAUGGAGGCAUCUGGAAGAGGCAGGCGGCGUCACGUUGUCGAGGACGACGAGGACUAGAUCGGCAAUCGAAAGUACGUCUUGAGAUGAAGGGAAGAAGAGGCUGGGUUUACAAUGUACGAUAAUAAUCGGCAAUUCUGAGGUCGAUCCAUGCGAACGUUGCGGCGGCGUUGACAUCAGAAUGAAGAAAAUAGAAACAGCGAUGCUAACUUUGACCAUG